GUUACCCUUUCCCUACUGCUCCUCCUGUGGAUCCAUUUGCAAAAAUCAGAGUGGAUGACUGUGGAAAAACCAAGGGAUGCUUCAGGUACGGUAAACCUGGGUGCAACGCAGAGACUUGUGACUACUUUCUAAGUUACCGUAGAAUAGGAGCUGAUGUUGAAUUUGAAUUGAGUGCCGAUACUGACGGCUGGGUGGCAGUGGGAUUUUCCUCAGACAAGAAAAUGGGAAACAACGUGUAAAUGGCUUGUGUUCACGAUGAUAAUGGAAGAGUCCGAAUACAGCACUUCUAUAAUGUUGGUCAGUGGGCUAAAGAAAUCCAGAGAAAUCCUGCUAGAGAUGAAGAAGGGGUUUUUGAAAACAAUCGUGUAACGUGUCGAUUCAAGCGUCCUGUAUAUGUUCCACGAGAGGAAACCAUCGUAGAUCUGCACCUGAGUUGGUACUAUCUGUUUGCUUGGGGUCCAGCAAUUCAGGGUUCUAUAACUCGUCAUGAUAUAGACUCACCACCUGUAUCAGAGCGUGUUGUCAGUAUUUACAAGUAUGAAGAUAUUUUCAUGCCAUCAGCUGCCUAUCAGACCUUCUCUUCUCCAUUCUGCUUGCUCCUCAUUGUUGCACUGACCUUCUAUUUAUUGAUGGGAACCCCAUGACCGAUGGAAAAUAGCAAGAGUUUGUCAGUGGAAGUUUCUCAGGAUGGACGGCUAUGUGGAUGGACGAUGCAUUUUUCUAUUGGAAUUUAUAUCACACCACCAUUAUCAUCUAGCUGCUUUUGAACAUAGUUAGCUUCUCAGAAGAAUGAAAUAACCGUCUCCUUUGAGUGGCAGAGUGGUGACAAAUCAUUUAAGAAUAAUCAGCGAACACAUAGGAGAAUAUUUUCAGUGUUGUGACUACUUGCUUAAAGAAAAGGAGACUUUUGUAAAAUCAAUGUGUGUGUGCGUGUGUAUGUGUGUUUGGGAGGGGCGUCUGUAUGUGUGUUUAGGCAAAUUUAGUGAUGGACAUCUUAUCAAAUAACAAAAUUGCCUUCCAAAUUGCUCCCAGAAAGCAAAUUUGGAAAAAAAUUAUAAUGCUGUUUGGUACUUCUGGAGCAGAGAGCACAACUCCAAGUGCAGUUUCUGAACUUAAGAUCAGAAAUAUACUGACACAGCAGUAUAAAACCUGCCCUUCA